AUGAAAAUGAAAACCAGAGAAGAAAUUUUGAAAGAGAAAACCUACAGAGAAAGAUGCAUUAUGGGAUACAGAAUCGAAGAUAUGGAAAGAGAGUAUGGAGAAGCGAUAAGCUACAAAAGAUGGGAUAAGAAGAGAGAGUGUUAUGUGAACAAGGAAGGUGAACCGGUUGUUCAUCCAAGUGAAAUAGUUUUUGAUGAAGUUCUUGCAGUAAUUCCUCUAUCUGGCGAGUAUUACUCAAAUGCUGAAAAAGACAAAACCUACAAGAAAAGGUUGGAUAAAAUUAUCAGAGAUGCGAUGACAUCAAGUCUGAGUAAGAGGGAUGAAGAAAGAAUGAAGAAAAAUGUGGAGUGUAUGGUGGAUGAGUUGAAGAAGGUAGCUGAAGAAGUGAAAGAAAAGGAAGAGAAGGUUGAAGAAAAAGUUGUUGUUGAUGAAGAAGUUGUGAAAGAAGCUGUUACGAAAGAACAACAAGUUGAUGAAGAAGAAAUGAAGAAGAAGGAAGAGGAAGAAGAGAAAAAUGAGAGUUUGGAGGAUGCUGGUGAUGUUGGUGAUGAAGCUAAUAUUGAAGAAGAAUAG